AUGAAUCCGUGUUCUACAUCGCCGCAGUCACCUACAAGUAAUUCCAGUGCAGCCGAAGAGUAUCCCCAGCCCGCCCAGGAGCAAAGAAUGGAGUCCAAGCCCAAGCAGAACUAUGACGAGUUGCGCAACCUCCUCCAGUCCUGGGAUCUUCUGGAAAUGCUUCCCUACUUGCAGGAACAGCAGAUGAAUAUGAGCGAGCUGAUGAUAAUACGGCGCCACCACCUCGCGGAUUUCUUGCAGAAUUUUAGCAUUGGAAUUCGCAUUCGUUUCGAGCACCGCCUGAAGGAGUGGCACAACUGGCUACAAAGUCAGCAAGUCGAGGGACAGCAAGAGACAAAGCGUCACUUGAAGGUCACAAGUCCAGCCCCCAAGAAACCAAGGAUCGACGAAAGCAGCGACUACCAGACCAACCAUCAGUACCAACCGCAGUCCCAGGAGUACCAACAGCCAUCCAAGGUGGAUAAUGAGGGACAGAGAGAGGAGGAUCAACAGCAGGACGAGAAUGAGGAGGACGAGAAUGAGGAGGACGAUGAUGAGGAGGAGUGUGAGGAGGAGUGUGAGGAGGAGGAGGAAAAGGACGAUACGCUGAAGAAGGACGAUACGCUGAAGAAGGGCGAUACGCCGAAGAAGGACGAUACGCUGAAGAAGGGCGAUGCGCUGAAAAAGACCCAUAUGCUGAAAAAGGACGAUAUGCUGAAGAAGGAAGAUACUCUGAAGAAGGACGAUGCGCUGAAGAUGGACGAUACGCUAAAGAAGACCGAUACGCUGAAGAAGGCCGAUACGCUGAAAAAGGACGAUUCGCUGAAGAAGACCGAUACGCUGAAAAAGGACGAAGCGCUGAAGAUGGACGAUGCGCUGAAGAAGGACGAUACGCUAAAAAAGACCGAUACGCUAAAGAAGAACCUUACGCUAAAAAAGGACGAUACCCUGAAGAAGACCGAUACGCUGAAAAAGGACGAUACGCUGAAAAAGGACGAUACGCUGAAGAAGGACGAUGCGCUGAAGGACGAUACGCUGAAGAAGACCGAUACGCUAAAGGUGGUCGAUACGCUAAAGAAGACCGAUAUGCUGAAAAAGGACGAUACGCUGAAGCCGGACGUUACGCUGAAGGGGGACGAUAUGUUGAGGAGGAGGAGGAUGAGUAGACCCCAAACGAUGACGAACCUGCCCAAUAUUGUUGAUACGAUUUCUGUUGAUUACGAUAAAAAAUAA